AAAUUCUGUGAUAAUAAAUUAAAAUAUUUAUUAAUUUAUGCGUGUGUAGUCAAAUAUAGAAGAAAUAGUAAAAUUAAUUUCAUAUUGUGCCACUUCUGUUUUUAUCUGCUGUAGUAGAUAAUGAAUGAUUGACAUGUGUUCAUUUCGUAAUAUCUUCACAUUAUUAUUUUAAUUAAAAAUUAAGAUUAAUUCAAUUGUGAUAUAUUACAAAGAGAUUAUGUUAAAUAAUACAUAUCAUUGCUGUAAUAAGUUAGAAAGAUAAUUUUUAAAUACUUACAUAAAAGUUAAUAAUAUUUACAUUUUAAUAUAAAUAAAAUAUUUAAUUAAAAUGACAAGAAAGACAUUCAUCAUUGACUGUGAUGCUGGUGUAGAUGAUGCAUUAGCAUUAAUAAUAUUAAUUGCAGCUCAUAAACAAAAACAAAUUCAAAUUAAAGCAAUUACAUGUGUAAAUGGGAAUACAGCAGUGGAUAAUGUAGUAAAAAAUGUAUUUAGAACUUUAGAAGUUUGUAAAACAACAGAUAUUCCAGUCUUUAAAGGAGCCCAUGCACCCUUACUGUGCACUCCAAAUGUUGACAAAGCAGCCAAAGAUCAGUAUCAUGGGAGUGAUGGGUUUGGAGAUGUAUAUCAGACCAAAGUAGACACAAGUACAUUACAAACAGAGCAUGCUGUAUGUGCUUUGAAUAGAAUUACAUCUGAAUGUCCAGAUAAAAUAACUAUUGUAUGUUUGGGUCCUUUAACAAACAUCGCAUUAGCCAUGAAAAUGUAUCCUGAAUUUGUUAACCAUAUAAAAGAACUUUAUAUCAUGGGAGGAAAUAUUACAGCACAAGGCAAUGUAACACCUCAAGCAGAAUUCAAUUUUUAUAUGGAUCCAGAAAGUGUGCAUAUAGUCUUUAACAGUAAUAAAAAACCUUUAUGGUUGUUACCAUGGGAAACAUGUUUAAAAUCCAAAGUUUCACAUGAAUGGAGAAAAUCUGUAUUGGGUCAAAUAGAUAAACCUUGCAUGCAGCUGAUGAAUACUAUUGAAAAUGGAUGUAGCAAAACAAGGAAGAAACAUUUUCCUACUUAUAUUUCGUGCGAUGCAAUUUUAGCUGGAAUUUUGUUGAAACCAGAAAUUGCACAAAAUAUAGUGUCAUAUCAUGCUGACAUUGAAUUGAGUGGUAACAGAACUAGAGGUCAAGUUGUACUUGAUCAUUUAUUGUCUAAUAAACCUAAUGUGUUCCUAAUUCAAGAUUUUGACUCAGAAAUGUUUAAAGAACUUUUAAUAUCUUCUGUUAAUACUGAUUAUAUAAUACAAUAAAUAUGUAGUAAAAUAAAGUUGA